CAUGCACUGAUGGGAUCAGUAAUCGGCACUCCGCUCUAACCGAUCAGAGCCUUGAAUAGACCUGGACCUCCCAUUCCCGACCUCCAAGGCCGAUCUACGCCGGUCGUCCAGCGCCUGCCGCACGCGUUCGUAGGAUACUCUGCCGCGUCGUCCCUGCGAACCGGUGCCCACGUUGUUACCUUUCACUGAAGCACGCAGUGUGAGGUGUCAUCAUCCUUGACCAAGACGGGCGGGGUCUAUCCGCUGGGCCCACCCAUGCCCUAGCGAGUGUGCCGAGUGACGCGUCGAGUGGCUGAGGCUAGCUCGAGUUUGAAAUAUGCAGUGUGUAUAUAAGACGCGCGGGUUGUCCUGCCGCAGUCAACACAAACAGAAACCUUUCCGGCGCCUGCAAAAUCAACGAUGUCUUCGACCCAAACCACCCCCCAAAGACGCGUCGGAUACGUGCGCCUCGGCAACUCAGGCCUCAAAGUCUCCCAGAUCAUUCUGGGCUGCAUGUCAUACGGCUCGCCCGAGUGGCGCUCGUGGAUCUUGGACGAGGAGGAGACGGCAAAGCACAUCAAGCACGCGUACGAGGCGGGGAUCCAGACGUUCGACACCGCGAACGUCUAUUCGAACGGGAUGAGCGAGGUGGCGCUCGGCAAGGCCAUCAAGAAGCUGGGUCUGCCGCGUGAGGAGAUUGUGAUCAUGACCAAGGUCCGCCAUCCCGUCGGAAAGACCGCGGACACGAACGCGGUCGAGCUGUUCGUGAAGGGGCCGGAUAACUGCGGUUAUGUGAACCAGCACGGGCUCUCGCGCAAGCACAUCUUCGACUCUGUGCAGGCGAGCUUGAAGCGGCUGCAGGUCGACUACAUCGAUGUGCUCCAAUGCCACCGAUUCGACUAUGCCACACCUAUUGAGGAGACGAUGAAAGCCCUCCACGAUGUCGUUCAAGCGGGUUACGUCCGCUACAUUGGCAUGAGCUCCUGCUUUGCAUGGCAGUUCCACGUUAUGCAAAACUACGCGAUCACCAACCACCUGACCCCCUUCAUCUCCAUGUCGAACCAAUACUCCCUACUGCACCGGGAGGAAGAACGCGAGAUGAUGCCCACUCUCAAGCACUUUGGUGUGGGGUCCAUCCCCUGGUCUCCGCUCGCCCGUGGCGCUCUGACCCGCCCGUACGCCCCGCCCAGCACUGAGGCCGUCCAAGCCAUGGCCAUGAUCAAGGCGGUCUUUGCUGCCCCCGGCUCGAAGCCAAAGCAGCCGUCUGCCCCUACCUCGCAGCAGUCCGCCGCUGCGGCAGCUACCGAGACCGCCGAGCAGGCCCGAGUCCGCUCGGCUCGGGAGGACAGCGACGAGCUGCCCGCUGAUGUAUACUUCGCGUUGAGCGAUGGCAGCAAGCCGAUCGUCGAGCGCCUCGAGGAGAUCGCGAAAAAGCACAAGGCGACGAUGGCCCAGGUGGCGCUGGCGUGGGUCAUGGCCAAAGACAGUGUGUCUGCGCCGAUCGUCGGCACGACCUCGCUGAGCAAGUUGGAUGACCUCAUCGGUGCUGUGAAUGUUCACUUGAGCGAGGAGGAGAUGGAGUAUUUGGAGGAGCCGUACAAGCCCAUGGGGCACCUCCUGUACAACUAGGACGUCUUGUUCAUGCAGCGAUCUACCUUAAUCAGAGUUCCGUUUUAUUUAA